UCAUGUUGGCUAAGGUGUAGCAGUGCGAUUAGGUGACGCUGAAGCCGCCGCCUAAACUGUGAUAUAUUGUGUUUUUUCAAAUAUUUAUUUUGUCCUGAAACAGCGAGAGAAGAAACUACGCCUCUUGUUUUUUUUUUUAAUCUGUCAGGAGGACUACUGUACUGGUGUCAUCGUUCGUAGAGCUACAUCAGCGACCUUCGGUUUCUAUAUAAAGGCUAGCAUAAACAAAGACUCGUUUAAGGGUUUUUUGUUUUAGCUCCUUUUUUUGGGUUUAGUUAGUCACUUUCGCCUGCAGGGGAGGAUGGGACCUUUGCUGCGCGACGUUUUUCUGCUGGUUUCUCUCUGCACUUUCUCCGCCGGUUUGGAUUUUCAGCCGGGCUCCGAGCCGCUAGGACGGUCUGUGUUCGUGAGACGUUCAAGUACCGGAGGGAGAGCCGCGAAAAUCGCAAAGAGGUCGGUGUCCACUGCGUUGAUGGGUGAUGCAUCACCAAACCACAGAAUAAAGAGAGGAAGCGUCGAGCAGGAAGAGUCCUGCAAACAGCACGAAGGAUUUAAGAGCAAGUUAGACGCCAACACCCACAGUUAUUCAUUCAAUGACCAGAGUGGUUCAGUGUCACUGGCCUGGGUUGGAGAUGGCACAGGGGUCAUCCUGGCUUUGACAACUUUUCAGGUGCCUUUCUUCAUGUUACGAUUUGGGCAGUCCAAACUUUACCGAAGUGAGAACUAUGGGAAGUCAUUUGAAGACGUGACCAACUUGAUCAACAACACCUUCAUCAGAUCAGAGUUUGGCAUUGCAAUCGGACCUGAAAACUCAGGCAAAGUGAUCCUGACAGCAGAAGUCUCUGGAAUUGAGGAAGCUCGUAUUUACGUCUCUGAUAAUUUUGGAAAAAGUUUCACAUCCAGAGAUUUGCCUUUCAACCCACUGAUGCAAAUCUUAUACAACCCUGGGAACUCAAAUGUGCUGCUUGUUCUCAGCAUCCAUUAUGAACUGUGGCUUUCUCAAGAUUUCGGCACCACCUGGAAGAAGAUCCACGACAUGGUUUGUCUGGUGAAAUGGGGAAGGAAAAAUACCAUCUUCUUUACAUCCAACAAAAAUGGAUCUUGCAGUGAUCGGGGAAUGUUAGAACUGAAGAGAACGACAGAUUAUGGUCAAACCAUCAAACCUGUUGCCAAGAAGAUCUUCUCUUUUGGUCUGGGUGGACGCUUCCUCUUUGCCUCAAUAAUGACGGGAAAGGGCACCUUGAGGAACAUCCUUGUCUCUGUGGACCAGGGGGACACUUGGAACCCGGCUCAGCUGCCGCCUGUAGGUCACGAGCAGUUCUACUCCAUCCUGGCAGCGAAUGACGACAUGGUCUUCAUGCAUGUUGACGAGCCCGGAGAUACAGGAUUUGGCACAAUUUAUGUAUCGGAUGACCGAGGCACUGUGUACUCAAAGUCACUGGAGCGCCAUCUUUACACCACCACAGGGGGAGAUACAGACUUCACUAACGUCACAUCCCUACGAGGAGUUUUCAUCACCAGUGUCUUGGCUGAAGAUAACUCUGUGCAGUCUGUGGUGUCCUUUGACCAGGGAGGGGAAUGGGUUCCCCUGAGGAAACCUGCCAACACCAAGUGUGACGCAACAGCCAGAGACCCUAACAAAUGCAGUCUCCACAUCCAUGCAGCUUACAGCACUGCUAUGAAGCUGAAAGUCCCCAUGCUGCCUCUGUCUGAGCCAAAUGCUGUGGGUCUUAUCUUAGCUCACGGCAGUGUUGGGGAUGCCAUCUCAGUGAUGCGCUCUGACGUGUAUGUGUCUGACGAUGGUGGCUACAGCUGGAUUAAAGCGCUCGAUGGGCCACAUCAUUAUGCUAUCCUGGACUCGGGAGGACUGCUGGUGGCCGUGGAGGAGAGCAGCAGUGACCGCGCUGAACUUAUCAACCAGAUCAAAUUUUCCACUGAUGAAGGGCAGUGUUGGAGUGUGUACAACUUCACCUCAGACCCAAUCUACUUCACUGGGUUGGCAUCAGAACCAGGAGCUCGCUCCAUGAUGGUUAGCAUCUGGGGCUACAGAGACAACCUCUUAAGCCAGUACUGGGUCUCCUUCACCAUCGACUUCAGGGAUCUCCUCACCAGAGACUGUGAUGAUAAGGAUUACGUGCAGUGGUUGGCCCACUCCGACGACAUCAGUGACCCGAACGACGGCUGCAUGCUGGGUUACAAAGAGAAGUUUCUGCGCCUCAGAAAAGACUCUGUUUGCUGGAAUGGACGGGAUUAUAAGCUUAAUACGCAGCCAACUCCCUGUCCAUGCACCCUGGAUGACUUCCUGUGUGAUUUUGGAUAUUACCGUAAAGAGAACAGGUCUGAGUGUGAAGAGCAGCCAGAUCUAAAGGGCAAAGUGUUGGAGUUCUGUCUGAACGGUGAAGAGGAAAAGCUGAUAACCACUGGCUACAGAAAAAUCCCUGGAGAUAAAUGUGAGGGAGGAACUGUCCCUGAUCGUAAAGAGAUCGACCUCAGACAGAGGUGUGUCGGUGACCAGGUGACCUCAGACCUUCAGAAAAGCAGUCACUCCUCCAAGUCUGCAGCCAUUGUGAUAGCUGUGGUCCUCGUCAUGCUGCUGAGCAUUGCAGCAGGGGUGCUCUUUGUCAAGAAAUACGUCUGCGGCGGCAGGUUUUUGGUCCACAGAUACUCUGUGCUGCAGCAGCAUGUUGAGGCCAGUGCGACAGACGAGAUGGAUGAGCCACUGGAGACCGAACACGCUCAGAAUGGCAAAAUAGUGUUUCACGAUGACUCUGAUGAGGGAGCUGCUCCACCUGGAGAGAAGCAGGAAGCAGAGGGAGAGUGCGCGGGUAGGGGCUGA